GACGCGCGGCAGCGAGGCGAACUUCGUCGUCGUACCGAGCGCGCGCUUGUACCAUAACCUUACAACGACAUCGCGCUUGUAACCAUGUCGUCGUGCACGGAUUUGCUGCGACUGAACGAGAAGCGGUUGUUUACGGAGAUCAAGGCGAGCCUGCCGAGCGGCGUGAAGGAGACACGGAACAUUCUCGAGAUCCGCGACAACGUGCUGUACGUGUGGAAUGCCGACAAGUGUUGUGUGUUGACACUUAACCUAGCGGCAGCCCGCGGCGAGCCCGGCGAGGACAUCCUUUAUCAAUCGUUACAACCGACAGAUCCGCCGAUCUUCGAUAUCACCAAUGUCCUGAUAAACGAAACAGUAACACAGUUGGCGUUAUGGGGCCACUUGGGUAUCUCCCUCGUGGAGCUACCGAAACGAUGGGGCAAGGAUACCGUCUUCGAAAACGGCAAAGAUACGAUCCUCUGCACAAACCACAACUUUGGCGACUUCGGAGCAACCACAGAAAUUCAACGCGUGCGAUGGCAUCCAGGCUCGACAAGUGACUCGCACUUACUGGUUUUAACAUCUGAGAAUUCCUUCCGUUUGUACGAAUGCGAGUUGGGCGGCGCACCCAGACUCGUGAAAUGCUGGAAAGUCGGCCGCGCGCCGUCAAGCUCACCCAAGAAGAUCCCGGACUUCACGUCCCUCGGCGAAAUCGCGGUGGACUUUGAUUUCGCCACUCCUACCUUGAAGAAAUCGGAAUUGUUCGCCGACAAAAGCAUCGACGAGGUGAAAAAUGUCAUCGACUGGAAUCAGAUCGAAUGGCCGAUCCUGAUCCUUCGAGGAAACGGCGAAGUACUGAUCGUUCGCGGGAACAUCUUGUUGGAGAACUAUGAGAAUCCGAUAGUGCUAGGCUCGUUGUCUAUGUAUCCGCCGAGUGACGAUAAUUACGGGAUAGAUUCAUGCUCUAUCAUGUGCCUGCAAACUACUCCGCCGAUAGUAGUCAUCGCCAUGUGCACCGGAAAGAUUUAUCAUGCGAUACUACUGCACGAAAUACUGGACGAUGACGAUGACGACAGAAAGACUUGGUCACAGUAUGGCUCAAACUAUAGUCUUCACACGCCGGACGAUGCGCUCUACGUUUAUGAAUGUGUCGAACUGGAACUGGGUCUCCUCUUCACGGACGAUGAUAAAAAAUACAAUUGUACCAUUUAUCUUCACGGCGAUAAGGGCAACAAAUCGAGAUACUUUUGUUCGCAUAACGCCGGGAUUCACAUGGUGAGUCUGCCGAUGGUUUCUCAACUGGAGGAAUUUAUAAACGUACCUAAUGAUAAAAAUGAUAGUGACUUACCUUCUUUGUCGAACCAAUCGACUUUGCAAUACUUAUUUUCCACAAGAACUAAACACACCAGUGUAGACGAAGCUACACCAAUAUUCGGUUUCGGUCUCCUUCAAGAACCCUGCGUUUUAGUCGCAUUGCUGCACACAGGUGUUGUCGUCGAUCUUUCGGUCAUAGAUCUGCAUUAUCUUCCAAUAGCGAAGCAACUCGAACCUAUCGCCAACACUAUGAAAACAGUAAACAAGGAGUCGUUCGACGCAUACAUAAAAAAAUUGUUAAAACGCGACAUAUCGCAACCCAUAACUAAAAUAGGAUCUCGCUCGAUGUCUUUAAGCGAGCGUUUAGAGCUUUUGUAUCACGCUACAAAUAUAUUUCGUACCCAACACUUCGUUCGACACGACAAAGUUCGGGAAGAAAUCAACAAGAAAGUACAUGCUUUGAAAGUUUUGAAAAUCCAUCUAUUAAAGGAACUCGAUGUUUUAACGAAAACAAAGAAAGAAUUGCGAGAAACCGCGGAGCGUUUAGCCGAGCGAUACGAAGAGAUCAAUGACGAACAAAAAAAAUUAGCAUGUAGGGCAGAAGAAGUUUUACGACUGGUAAAUUACAAGGAACCCUUUCUGACAGCUGUCGAACGAGCAGAGGCGGAAGAAUUGAAAAAGAUGGACAUGAAAAUGCACAGCAUGAAAAUCCGACUUGAACAACUCAAGAAAAAAUCUGCUCAACAAACUGUGCAUGCAGAUGUCACCGAAUCCAAUGAGAAAAAGAAAGAAAUUGUCUUCACACGUAAUCAAGAGGAAACGAUAAAGGAAAACCUUGGCCAAAUGGCAAAAAAUAUAAAAAAUUUAAUAGCCCAAAUGAAACAAAUCAAAACGGAGGUUAGUUUGUCGUACAUUAAUAAACAAUAAGUAUUAUUUUUAUAAACAAGUAAACAACUUAUAUUUAAAUAAAUAAUGUUCUUGUUCCAUAGAAAAUUUUAUAAUUUUACAUAUCUUACUUUAAACAAGAUUUGUGAACAACAAAAAAUUUUAACAAUUCCUCGCAAAAUCACAUACCUUUCAUAUUUCUGAUCCACGAUCCAAAAUUAUUAAACAUUUUCUAUGUAUUAUUUUAUUUAGUUUUCUGUGUAUUGUUAAAAGAUUACAAUAACGAAUAACAUAUAUAAGAUCAUAUAAUAGAAAAUAUUCAAUUUAUAAUAAAAAUACUCUUUAUUAAUAUAUCUGACUUAUAUAAAGAAUUACACUAUACAAACUUGUUAAGAAUAUAACAGAAAUAUGCAAUAUAUUAGAUAUAUGUGACAAA